ACAGCAUCUCCCAUCAUGGCGGCUGUAGUCAAGGGAUUCCCAUUCAACCUGCCGUUUGCAUCCAUUCUGGUGAUUUUCCUGCUAUGUAUCCAGUCCGGGGGAGGUCAAAAGAAAAAGGAGAACAUGCUGGCAGAGAAGGUGGAGCAGAUGAUGGAGUGGAGUUCUCGGCGUUCUGUGAUCCGUAUGAACGGAGAUAAGUUCCGCCGGUUUGUCAAAGCCCCGCCCCGGAACUAUUCCGUCAUUGUAAUGUUCACUGCACUGCAGCCUCAGAGACAAUGUUCCGUCUGCAGGCAGGCUAAUGAAGAAUAUCAAGUGCUGGCUAAUUCAUGGCGGUACUCUUCGGCCUUCUCUAACAAACUCUUCUUCACGGUUGUGGAUUAUGAUGAGGGGGCGGAUGUCUUUCAACAGUUGAACAUGAACUCUGCCCCCACCUUCAUGCAUUUCCCAGCUAAAGGAAAGCCUAAGAGGGCUGACACCUUUGACCUUCAGCGGAUUGGCUUCGCCUCUGAGCAACUGGCCAAGUGGAUUGCAGACCGCACUGAUGUGCAGGAACGUCAUCUGUUGAUGAAUCUGGUUGAGAUGCGGGAUCCCGACAAGGCUCGCUUUCUCAACGUCCACAUCACCCAGAUCGGCCUAUUCGGUGACAUUGUAGAGGGCUUUGCCCAGCAGUUCUCGAUGCCAGCUCCGCCCCAGCCCGGGCCCAGCUCUCAGCCCCAGCGUAGAGCUCCCCGCAGGAAGUGGAUUCCCCCUGUCUCAUGGACCACCUCCCGUACCCAGAAGGCUCCCAAGCGCUCCAGAGACGGGCAACCCAGUGAGAGAGACAUCUGCCAUGGAGCAGGCUUUCGGGGAGCCCCGUUUGAGCCACUAGACUCAGUCAAACUAAAGGCCCUCCCUUGA